AUGGAGCAGAAAAAAUAUGAAGGAUUUGCCGUGGGAAUUGAUCUUGGUACGACGUACUCGUGUGUUGCGGUGUGGCAAGAGCAACACAGCAGAGUGGAGAUUAUUCACAAUGAUCAAGGCAACAGAACCACACCUUCUUGUGUUGCUUUCACUGAUAAUCAAAGAUUGAUCGGUGAAGCAGCUAAGAAUCAAGCUGCAGCCAAUCCACAAAACACUAUCUUUGACGCUAAGAGGUUAAUUGGUAGAAAGUUUAGUGACGAUGUUGUUCAAAAAGAUAUGAACUUGUGGCCAUUCAAAGUCAUUGCUGAUGUAAACAACAAACCCAUGGUUGCUGUUAAGUACAAGGGACAGGAGAAGCAACUAUGUGCUGAGGAAAUUUCAUCAAUGGUGCUCACAAAGAUGCGGGAGAUUGCAGAAGCAUAUUUGGAAACACCUGUUAAGAAUGCAGUCAUCACAGUGCCGGCUUAUUUCAAUGAUUCUCAGCGUAAAGCCACUAUAGAUGCCGGUGCCAUUGCUGGCCUUAAUGUGAUUCGGAUAAUUAGCGAGCCUACUGCUGCAGCGAUUGCAUAUGGCCUUGACAAGAGAACUAACUGUGUGGGAGAACGAAAUAUUUUCGUGUUUGACCUUGGUGGUGGUACUUUUGAUGUGUCUCUUGUUACAAUUGAGGAUAACGUCUUCCAAGUUAAGGCUACUGCUGGAAACACUCACCUCGGUGGAGAGGACUUUGAUAACAGGAUGGUGAAUUACUUUGUGGAGGAGUUCAAGCGGAAGAAAAAAGUGGACAUUAGUGGUAACCCAAGAGCCUUGAGGAGGUUGAGAACGUCUUGUGAGAGGGCGAAAAGGACCCUCUCUUUUUCUGUUGAUACCACUAUUGAGGUGGAUGCUUUAUUUGAGGGCAUUGACUUCUCUUCAUCGAUCACUCGUGCAAAGUUUGAAGAAAUCAAUAUGGACCUUCUUAAUGAGUGUAUGAAAACAGUUGAGAGUUGUCUUACCGACUCUAAGAUGGACAGGAGUAUUAUAGAUGAUGUUGUCCUUGUUGGAGGUUCUUCAAGGAUUCCCAAAGUCCAGCAGCUAUUGCAGGACUUUUUUGAGGGAAAGGAUCUGUGUAGGAGCAUCAACCCUGAUGAGGCUGUUGCUUUUGGUGCCGCUGUGCAGGCUGCAUUGUUGAGUGAUGGCAUUAAGAAUGUUCCGAAUUUAGUGUUAGUUGAUGUGGCACCACUGUCUUUAGGUUGGAGGCUAAUACAUGACGACAUGGCCGUUGUUAUUCCUAGGAAUACUACUAUACCUGUCAGGAAGACAAAAGUUUUUUAUACCACUGAAGAUAAUCAAGCCUCUGUCCUAAUCAGGGUUUAUGAGGGGGAGAGAACUAGAGCAAGUGAUAACAAUCUGCUUGGUUCUUUUAGUCUUUCUGGGUUGCCCCCCGCGCCUCGUCUCCAUCCUUUUAAUGUAUGUUUUUCUAUAGAUGAUAAUGGCAUUUUGACUGUCUCUGCUGAGGAAAUUUCUACUGGCAAUACAAAUGAGAUUAUAAUAGCUAAUUACAAAGAACGGCUAUCGACAGAAGAAAUUCAAAAAUUGAUUGAAGAAGCUGAAAAUUACAGUGUUGAAGAUAAAAAAUUCCUCCAAUUAGCUAAAGUAAAGAAUGCACUGGAUCUUUGUGUUUACAAAAUUGAGACUGCUUUAAAGAAGCAGAAUAAUAAACUGAAAAUCUCACCGGAGAGCAAAAAGAUUAAUGCUGCAAUUGCAAUGGCCAAGAAUUUGCUUGAUGAGAAUAACCGGUAUGAAUUAGAUGUUUUUGAGGGUCAUUUGAAGGAGCUGGAAAGUAUAUUUGAAAACACUAUAGCCAAGAUUGGUUAG